AUGCACUUGAAUUUACAAAUUCCUUGCCUGAUCGCUUCUUCAGGGUUGGCCACUGCAGCCAAGUUGGCUCAGCUCGAGGUGAUGGCACAGGACUGGCGUCGCCGACCAAUGGUGGGGGUUACGGCUGUGCGUCAUUGGCGAUGGCUGCAUGUGGCGGCCGGGAUAUGCCUCGAGAGAAACCCCGGAGCCUUGCUGGCCCCUUCUGAUAGACGAAGACGGCCGUCGGUGGUUGCCUUUGAUCGCACUUGCAAUCGUGAAUGGCUUUGUUUGACGAGGUGGGAUGAGGCGCUCUGUCAUCAUCUAGACGCAGCUGGGGUUGUAUUCCCCUUCGCACCGGGAGUAUCCAGAGAGUUUUCUAGGGUGACACUGCCUCAUGGGGCCAAGGAGGAUGAGAGUUAG